CAUAUUACAGAUUUUCACUUGCACGUUUCAUUGAAAGUCAUUGCAUUGAAUGGUUGAUAUUUUACUUCUCCUGGUUGCCGAACUUUGGGUGAUAGAGGAGGUUUUUCAGCCAAUACUAGAUCUUGAGUUUUGGAGAAAUUAUUGACUUUCUUACAGUAUCAAACUAUCAAGCAGAGGUUAACAUCUUGCUACUGCCUCAGCUAUUUGUCCCUCAAAGAACUGCAAUCCUAGAUGGAAGAAAAGAAUCAAAUCCAAAUUCCAAGAGUGAAGCUAAGUUCUCAGGGGCUAGAGUGUUUCUUGGGGUAAAUAAAUAGAUGGAAGUGUUGUUUGUUCUGCAUUCAUCUGUUUCCUGUCGAGGGAUUUUGAAGUGCUUGUCAUUUGGGUCUUUUGCCGGGCUCGAUGGAUCAUUGGUUCGGCCAUCAUACUCUGGCACGCUUACCAAAACUUUGGUUCUUAGACCCGAUUUAAGGUGAAAUUGGAUAGUCAUACGUGGAGAAGAAGCUUGGAUUGCUCGUGAAAUUCUUCAUACCUUUAAAUGUUUCCAACUUUUGUUUCUGCAUGCCCAGUAGAGAGAGGAAAUUAAGCGGUGUAUAUCGUCUUUUUGAUGCCUUGGCUAGAGGUUUAUUCUUUAUCCAUGAUAACAAAGAAGCAAGUUUUCCCUGCUAUUUCCAGUCCAAUGGUAAAUCCAUUCAAGGACCAAAAGGUGUCAAAACUGGGAUUUGGAUGUGGGGGGCUUUCUGGCUAUUAUAAUGCUCCUCUAUCCCAUGAAGAGGGAUUUUCAGUAAUCAAGGAAGCAUUUGAUAGAGGUAUAACUUUCUUUGACACAUCAGAUGCCUAUGGACGAAAUAAUGAUAACGAGAUCUUGGUCGGAAAGGCUUUAAAGCAGCUUCCUCGAGAAAAGGUUCAACUAGCAACAAAAUUUGGCAUUUCUGUACUUCCUGAAAGUACAAAAGCAAUGGGGUUGGUUGAUCAAAUUCGUAUCACCGGUACCCCUGAAUAUGUUCGCAAAUGUUGUGAAGCUAGUCUUAAGAGGCUCGAUGUGGACUAUAUUGAUCUGUACUAUCAGCACCGUGUAGAUGUUUCAGUGCCAAUAGAAGAGACUAUGGAGGAGCUCAAAAAGCUUGUGGAGGAGGGGAAAGUAAAGUACAUCGGACUAUCUGAAGCUAGUCCGGACACAAUAAGGAGAGCGCAUGCUGUACAUCCUAUUACAGCCUUACAAAUGGAAUAUUCUUUACUGUAUCGUGGAAUUGAAAAAGAAGUUAUUCCACUUUGCCGAGAACUUGGUAUUGGAAUUGUGGCAUAUUCCCCUCUUGGUCACGGGUUUUUUGGAGGGAAGGCAGCAGCGGAGAGUAUCAAUUCAGAAAGCAUAUUGGGUUCAAUUCCAAUGUUUGCUGGAGAGAAUUUAGAAAGGAACAAAGUUCAUUAUGCCCGCAUAGCAGAAUUAGCAAUAAAACAUGGCUGCACGCCCUCGCAACUAGCUUUGGCAUGGCUCUUCCAUCAGGGAGAUGAUGUUGUACCAAUUCCUGGUACAACAAAGCUUAUGAAUCUUGACAACAACAUCAGAUCUUUGGUUGUGAAGCUUAAUAAAGAGGAUUCGAAAUCAAUCUCUGAAGCAGUGCCAGUCGAUUCAGUCGUUGGUGAAAGACAACUGCCUUACAUGUAUAAAUACAGCUGGGAGUUUGCAACAACACCACCCAAAAACAAGAAUUCGUCAGCCACAUAAUUCCACGCAUUGAAAUCUCUGGAGUGCAUGCAGGAUUCAUCCGAGUUUCUUACGGUGUGUGUCCCAGAAAUCAUUAGUUGAAUGUGAGUUGGAUGGUUUUCUCUUAUAAAUAACUGAUCAUGUAACUGGUAAUUAUAAAUCUUUUUAUUGCAUCCAGAUGAACUGGAAUAUGUCAAUUACUUGGUGAGCUACCAUAACGGCUUAUAUUAUUGUGUAUCCAAAACUUCCAGGUCUUAAAAUCUUAA